AAGAAAAGGGCAAAAAAAGAAAAAAAAAACUUGAAAUUAGAAGUCUUUUUCUUUUAUUUUUUUCCCCUGCUCCGUCUUCGUCAUACUUACCUUACCUGCUGUGUGCACUUCCCUCUUCUGGGUCUUCGCAAAAAAGAAAAGAAAGAAUUUUCGUCCCAAGUCCCCAAACUUGUGCAAAAUAACCAGAAAAAAGCUUUCAAUUUCCAUUCACCCAAAAACCUAAUACCUUCCUCUCAUGGCGGCGCCGGCGACGACAAUGCACGCGAAGUCGGACUCGGAGGUGACGAGCUUCGACCAGUCGACACCGCCUCGGUCGCCGCGCCGGCCGCUCUACUACGUCCAGAGCCCGUCGAAUCACGACGUCGAGAAGAUGUCGUACGGCUCGAGCCCCUUGGGGUCGCCGCACCACCACUACUACCACUGCUCGCCGAUCCACCACUCGCGCGAGUCCUCCACGUCGCGGUUCUCGGCGUCGCUCAAGAACACCCGCAACCUCUCCGCCUGGAAGAAGAUUCAGCGCGGCGAGGAGUCCGAUCACGAAGACGACGACGACGACGACAGAAACGACUACGGCCCCGGACGCAACGUCAGGCUCUGCUUUUGCUUUGCGCUCUUUUUCGUCGUUUUGUUCACUCUCUUCUCGUUGAUUCUUUGGGGUGCUAGCAAGUCUUACAAGCCUCAAGUUGUCGUUGAGCAUGUUGUGUUUAGGCGCUUCAGCAUUCAGGCGGGGAAUGAUCGAACAGGGGUGCCAACGGACAUGCUGACGAUGAAUUCAACGGUCAGGAUCUUUUACAGGAAUCCAGGCACGUUUUUCGGCGUCCACGUCACCUCGACCCCACUCGAGUUUCACUACUACGAGCUCAAAGUUGCCUCCGGACAGAUGAAGAAGUUUUAUCAACAGCGGAAGAGUCACCGGACGACAGUGACCACAGUGCUAGGGUCCCAAGUGCCUCUUUAUGGUGGGCUCUCAGUUAUUGGAGGUGCUAGAGAUAAUAUUGAUAACAUGGUUGUGCCACUGAACCUGACAUUUGUGGUGAGAUCCAGGGCCUAUAUUCUCGGAAAAUUGGUUAAGUCUAAGUUUUAUAGAAGAGUCAGAUGCCCUGUCACCCUUAAGGGCAACAAACUGGGCAAUCCCUUUAAAAUGGUGGAUUCAUGUAUCUAUCACUGAAUUAUUACUCUUUUUUUUUCAAAAAAAAAAAAAAAAAGUUUCUUAGUCGUUUUAUAUUUUGCAGACUGCAUCUUUAGCCUUUGACUAAUUUUUUUGCUGUCCAUUCACCUCCAAAUUUGUUGUGUCUAUUUGUAGAGGUUUCAAAAGUACGGCUAUAGCCUCAUGGAUACAAACAUUUUGUAACACUUU